CUCAUGUAACUGCAAGUCCCUGGCCCGCAGCCUGCUAUUGUUGUCCGUGUCUGUCGCAAAAGAAUCAAUAGUCGCAUCGAAACGUGUUGUGGCCCCAUUGUGCCCGGCGCCCCAUUCCUGACAGCAGCCCUGACCCUUCCUUAUUUAUAAAACAGACCCCUCCCCCUCCAGCCUCGACCCGCCGCGAGCAGAGCAGCCGAAAGCAGACAGACAGACGGACGGACAGACCAACGGUCGGCAGGCAGGCAGGCAGGCAACCAAGGCGACAGAAGCGAGAGACAAGACAGUGCGAUCGCACUCAACCUCAUGGUCCUUCUCAGCACUCGACAACCAGCACUCAGCACUUUAUCAACCCACCUCUGCACCAACUUCCAAUAAUACUUACCCAAAGCACAGCUACAAGCCCGCAACCCAGCGGGGCAGGCAGGCGGGACGGACCUACCUAGUAAGGUUCCCUGGUCGCUUUCCUCCACUGCCACUAGAAAUCCGCCGCCGUCGUCAGCAGCCAUCUCCAACCACCAUACCACAUCCAUCUUUUUGGCCUCGCGAUGGCAUCCUCACCCGCCACCACCAGAAAACGCCCUGCACCCGGUGCAUCGCCCCUGCCGGCUGGCCCGAUCCCACAGCCCACCCCCCAAUUCACCCCACAGGACAUGAUGAGAUGGAACGGCGUAGCCGCGAAUGGGAACAGCCAUGCCGACCUCUCGACCACGACGCCAUACAUGCUUGCGCAACAGUCCGCCCCACCCUCGCACUCCUUCCUGUCGCCAUCCCCCGCCCCGGCCCCGUCGAAUGCCCUGGCCCUCCGCGAUCCCGCCAGCAGCAGGGCUCUCGUUUCCACCGCCCCGCGCUCCCCGUACGACGACCAGCCCAACCAAUGGGGCACCUUGGGAGGCGAUGGCGCCCUCAUACCGCUGUCGAACGAGGCCAUGAGCGAGGAGGAGCACCUGAGACUCCUCCUGGAGCGCGCGAGGAAGAUCGAGGAGGACGCCACCAAAGAGAAUCCAGGGCCAAACCAGAAACGGAGCAUCCCGCCGUUCGUGCUCAAGCUCUCCAGCUUUCUCAACAAUGGUAGGAACAGCGACCUCAUCCGGUGGUCCGAGAAGGGAGAUUCGUUCAUCGUGCUCGACGAGGAGGAAUUCGCAAAGAAGCUGAUACCCGAGAUGUUCAAGCACAACAACUACGCCUCGUUUGUCCGCCAGCUGAACAUGUACGGGUUUCACAAGCGGGUUGGGUUGUCCGACAACUCCAUGAGGGCGAGCGAGAAGAAGAAUAAGAGUCCAAGCGAAUACGCCCACCCAUAUUUUCUGCGCGCUCACCCGGUCUUGCAGUGGCUCAUCACGAAGCCGAACAAGACCGGCGGCAAAAAGAGGCAGAAGCAGGCCAACAAGGAUUCGUCUGGGGCUGCCGACCAGGACAGCGACGCCGAGGACUUCAUGGACGACCCCAGCGGCCAAUACGCUCUCUCCGACAUCCACCCGGGCAGGAAUCUUGGGCGCAGCGAGGCCGGGCCAUUGGCCAAGACGGAGAUUGGGAAGCUGCGCGACCAGCUCGCGCAGGUCCAGCAGAAGCAGCAGCAGUGUCUGGCCCUGAUCCAGAAUCUACAGAACAAUCAACACGAGAUUGUGCAAAGAGCGCAAAAGUUCGAGGAGAUGCACCACCGCCAUGAGAACUCCAUCACCGCCAUCCUCAACUUCCUGGCCAAUGUUUUCAGGAAGUCACUGGAGGAGAAUGGCGGCGCGCAGAACAUCUCUGAUAUGCUGGCGAGCAUUCUCCCGCAGCAUGGCUCUAACCAUGCCAUGCCGACCAGGAGCGUGCAAGACCUAAGCGGGCUGAGCGGGCUGAGCGAGUAUCUGCAGCAGGCCAACGAUCCCAAGAACCGAGCGAGCCCCAGCCCAACCCUCCCAAAGCGACCACAGCACCUCCUGCCCGGUAUUCCCGGCGAUGCAAACGCUUCGAUCAACCCAGAGAGUGCACUCGGCUUACCCGCAAGUCCGACGCCCUAUUCUUCAUCUUCCCACCAGGCGCCUCGAGUCACCGAGGUCUUCGAUACCUCGCCGUCUGACACGACUUCGCCAAACAACAUCCGGAACGAGCUUCAGUCGAACCCUGAGGAGACCAUGUUGAAGAUUAUGGGCGAGACCAACGCCCGAAUGACACCGGGAGUCGAUCUCCCCGAAGCUGCUGCUGCGACGUCCGCGAGGAUGUCGUCUGGUCAGCGCAACAAGAUGGUGAGCAGCAUGUCGCGCAAAAGUACCACACCAUCAAAUAACCGAUCCGUCUCCCCAUUCCGACCGCCUGCCAUGCCGGCCACAACUCCAAUCCCUCCCACACCUUCCGCUUUCCCCCCUCCAACAGGCCCCCAGCCUGCCACCUCACUUUCGCCCCUUCUCAACAACGCCAGACCACCAAUGUCCUUGCAAGAAGCCUCCCGGCAGCAAAAUGGCAUCAGCCAGGUCGAGGCUCUACAGCGCAAUAUCAGCCAGGACAUCAGCAGCCUGGCCCAGCUCGCGGCCCCGCUCUCCCCCAAUGGCCACAUCUCGGGGAUCGACAGCUUCCAGAACGGCGGGACGGACUACUUCGACUUCAACCAGUACCUGGACCCCUCGGCGAUGGACCCCGGCUACACCUUCGAUUUCAACGAGCUAAACAACGGGGCCGGCUACGGCAACGCGGACGGCACCGACUUCGACUUCAGCCUCCCCAACGCCGACUUUGCGCAGGGCACCGCUGCUGCUGGUGCCGCCGCCCCCGUGAACGGCGGCCUCACGGCUGGCACCCCCGCGGUGGCGGAUACCCCGAGCCCUGCUGGCACGGAGGAGAUACAGCGGACGGACCUGGAUGGGUCGGAACAGCCGACCGCGAAGCGUAGGCGGCAAGCGUAGGAUGUGAAGAGAAGGCCGGGAUGUGAUGCUUUGUUACGGGGUGAUUUGCCCCGAUCCGGCCGGCCAUCCCGGGAAGCAAGUCAUCCCCAGGUUGUGGGUUCAAGGUGCUCGAGGGAGUGGAUAUUUACCCGUCAUAACCAAGAUAGACUAGUUUCAUGGGAUAGGGUAGCGAAUGGAAUAUCUUUGCUGUUCAGAUUUGAUGUGUGGAUCACGAGACUGAUACGUUGAAUGAAUUUGCCGGUUGUUAUGUUGGGGGUCUUGCUAUCUUGGAAGGAAAUUCUCUAUAGAUACUUGAUAUGUCCGGUGAGUUUUUCUCACUAGAAUGGUAUAUCCCAUUCACAGCUUCUUGCUUGAUCCUCUCUUGUCUAUUACUCACGUCUUGCCCUGUUGCUCGUGUUAGGACCAUCCACUUUCUUGUCACAAUCAUGGGGAUCUUUCUGGGGACUACUUGGGAGCAGGUGUUCACAUACAUCACC